UCCAAAAAAAUUACGUCCAAAUAUGCCCCUCCAUAAUGCGAUCCUUUGUGCCAAAUUUCACUUUAAUAUCUUUAUUUAUGGCUUAGUUAUGACACUUUAUAGGUUUUCGGUUUCCGCCAUUUUGUGGGCGUGGCAGUAGGCCGAUUUUGACCAUCUUCGAACUUAAGAAGAGAAAUACGUGUACUAAGUUUCAUCAUGAUAUCUCAAUUUUUACUCAAGUUACAGCUUGCACGGACGGACGGACAGACGGACGGACAAACAGACAUCCGAAUUUCGACUCUACUCGUCACCCUGAUCACUUUGGUAUAUAUAACCCUAUAUCUGACUCUUUUAGUUUUAGGACUUACAAACAACCGUUAUGUGAACAAAACUAUAAUACUCUCCUUAGCAACAUUGUUGCGAGAGUAUAAAAACGAAUAAGUGAAAUGCUAGUGGAUAUAAAAGUGCAAAAUAUAAGUCUAGUAUUAAUUUUAAAUCGAAAAAAUAUGUAAUUCAAACUGAGGUAAUGUGCAACUUUAAUCGCAAAUAAAUAUAUUAUUGAUCUGGAGAACCUCCUCUAUCAGCCCAUUUGAUCACGAAAUCCUGGGACGGUAUUCUAAAGCCGACCCCACAAUUCACAGAGCAUCUAUUUCUGAAAGUUAUAUAUUAUGAUAUCAAAACUAAAUAAAAUAAGGUGAAAGUGUUGCCUAGCCCUCAUAUAUCUUUUAUACCAAAUAUUUCCGAUUGGUUUUACGCCGUAUAAAUCGGUCAUUUUGUAAAAUGUCUUAGCAAAAUUAAGUAAUCGGGGGUGUUGUGAAAUUCAAGACAGAAUUGCUUAGCUGUCAGAAUUGCAAACCAAUUCUGAUUUAAAAUGGUGUCACAGAAUCUGAUUGGAUUUUCGUUUUUUCGAACAUAUGCAAAACCAAUUUUCGAAUCAGCUGUUUACUUAUGUGACAAAUGUUGUGAAUGCAAUUUGAAUAAAAUUUGAAAUGAGUUCGGCAAUAUUAGCUUUCGUUUUAUUAGAGGAAGAAAGAAAUGAAAGAAUUAAACGUAAAAUAUUAAGGGAUCUUAGUAACCCACUUAAUGCUCCAGGAGAAUCGUAAGUAGAAUUUAUCUUGUAUUUACUUGUGUGUUACUUUACGCGCUUACUUUACAGAUUCAUAUCACAUUAUCGGCUGAAUAAAGACGCAUUUAUUAUGGUGUUAAAUAUAAUAGAACCACAUUUGCAGCCCUCGACUAUUCCACCGAUAAUUCAAUUGGCAGCAACACUGCGUUUUUUAGCAGAAGGGGCUUACCAACGGGGAGUAGGCCGUGAUUCUUGUAUCAGUUUGGCAAGAAGCACGGUGUCGCAGAUUUUAACAAAAGUGAUGUGCCUCUUAGAGAAUUACAUUUGCGGUCAGUGGGUAAAACUUUCUAUGGAUGAAAGCGAAAAAUUGAUUUCAAGAAAUCACUUUUUUGGAAAGUACAAAAUACCCGGAAUAGUGGGUUGUAUAGAGUAACACAUAUAAAAACAAGUAAGGAAGGGCUAAGUUCGGGUGUCACCGAAUAUUUUAUACUCUCGCAUGAUAAAGUGAUAAUCGAGAUUUCAUUAUCCGUCAUUUACAUAUUUUUCAAAUACCGUAUUUGCGUAAAGUUUUAUUCCGCUAUCAUCAUUGGUUCCUAAUGUAUGUAUAUAUUGUACAGAGAAGGCAUCAGAUGGAAUUCAAAAUAGCGUUAUAUUGGAAGAAGGCGUGGUUGUGAAUUGCUUUCACCCAUACUUCGUACACGUCAACAGGGUCAUAUCUCGGAAACUACUAUAGCUAUGUCAACCAAACUCUACAGAGUCGUUUCCUUCAGGCAUUUCCAUAUACAGUUUAAAAAUGGAAGAAAUCGGAUAAUAACCACGCCCACCUCCCAUACAAAGGUUAUGUUGAAAAUCACUAAAAGUGCCUUAACCGACUAACAAAACACGUCAGAAACACUAAAUUUUACAAAAGAAAUGGCAGACGAAAGCUGUACCAAGGCUUUUUUUUAAAUUUGAAAAUGGGCGUGGCGUCGCCCACUUAUGGACCAAAAACCAUAUCUCAGGAACUACUCCACCGAUUUCAAUGAAAUUCGGUAUAUAAUAUUUUCUCAACAUCCUGAUGACAUGUAAGAAAUAUGGGUGAAAUCGGUUCACAACUACGCCUUCUUCCAAUAUAACGCUAUUUUGAAUUCCAUCUGAUGCCUUCUCUGUGUAAUAUAUAUGUAUGUACAUUAGGAACCAAUGAUGAUAGCGGAAUAAAACUUUACACAUAUAAGGUAUUUGAGCUGAGGUAACCCUUGUGGAAAAAUUGUCGUGAUCGGACUAUAACUUUUCAAGGUCCCUGAUAUCGAACACGAAGAACUCAGUGCCUAACCUAACAUAACCUAAUUUUUCACGGAAAAUAUCGGUAAAUCUCUCAGACAUUUUAAUGUAAUUCAGAGGGCAUCAUUUUUAUACUCUCGCAAAAAAGUUGCUAAUAACAGUAUCUCGAUUAUCACUUUAUCAUGCGAGAGUAUAAAAUGUUCGGUGACACCCGAACUUAGCCCUUCCUUACUUGUUUUUUCGAAAGAUUUGUGACAACGAUAUGCAAAUACGUGCAGUUGAUGCGCGGUAUCCCGGUUCAAGUCAUGAUGCUUUCAUCUGGGGUAUGAGUCACGCUAAACAAUAUUUCCGUACACAGUAUGAGAGUGGGCAGCGUUCAUUGAGGUUGCUGGGCGAUUGCGGCUACGGAAUUGAACCAUUUUUGUUAACACCUUAUAGAGAUCCACAGUUUAACUCAAUGGAGUAUAAGUUUAACAUAGCACAUACGGCUGCACGGAAUAUUGUGGAAAGGACAAUCGGAGUUUUAAAGAGCCGUUUCCGAUGUUUAGUGUCCACAUUACAUUACCGCCCUGAAAAAGUGGUUAAAAUUGUAAACGUCUGUUGUGCCUUACACAACAUCUGCAGACGUUACAACAUUGAAUAUAAUCAGGAAGUAGUAAUUAUUGCAAAUGAGACUGACGAUGACAAUUUUUUUCACUCUGAUAAUGGUUCAAUGCAGAGCGAAGGCCGGAGAAUAAGAGACGAAAUAGCAAAUACUUUUUUCUUAAUUUUAAAUAUAACAGUCUUCAGACUAAACUAAAAUCAGUCAUAUAAAUUCAGGUACUUUAAGUAUAUUUCACAACCAGGAUCUUUAAUUAAAUAAUAUACUUAAUAAUUAAUCAUUUUUUUCGUUAUAUUGUCUUUUGUGUUCAAACUUGAGAACUUCGAGAUUUAGUUGUUCUUUUUUAAUCUAAUUUUUUUUCCACAAUCAGCCCUAUCACGCAAUCCAUCGUAGACUGUUUUUUCGGGAAAGUUACGAAACUGCUAUCAUGCAAUUCGAAUAGUUCCGAAAGUAAGUUCGAAAUUCGUAGAGUUGCAUUCACUGAAUUCACUCGGAACGGAAAAUUUUUAAGUUUAGCGGAAUUUUUGUACGACAGGUUUGUGGUAACGGAGAAAUAAAUUUAAAAAAAGAAAAAUGUAAGUUUUAAAUUAAAAAUAAAUAUGUUUUAGUUUGAAUUCAAUUAAAACUUGUUUUAAAACUUUUAAUUGAAUUCAAACUAUAACAUAUUAUCAAUUAAAACUUUUAAUUCAAAUCAAACUAUAACAUAUUUCCGCAGGUCCAAAGUAAUUACCACCAAGCAACAAUAUGCACUAAUGGUUGAGCUGUUACAGCAAAAGCCUGAAAUGGCGCAGGGUUUUACAAAGUGCCCUAAAGAGGAAGUGGCAGCUUUUUGGAACAACAUGGCCCAAGAACUAAAUAGUGUUGGUCCGCCUAUCAAGGAUAUUUCCAGCUGGAAGAAGGUAUGGCUUGACUGGAAGGCGUAUAUAAAAAGGAAACUUGUUGAAAAUAAAAAGGAGCAGUCAGCUACUGGUGGCGGCAGAUAUAGGCAGCACCAUUUCAACGAAUUGGAGGAAGCGGUGAUAGCACUAACGGCAUUGCAAACAAGUGCAAGUGGCAUUGACAAUACAGUUAGCAUCGGCUUACCAAUUGUAGCCGACGUGGGCAACGAGACGUUAGCUGACGUAUCAAUGCCAUCAGUGACCUGCAGUCCAGCACUGCCUAAAUGUACUACUAGGCCACCGGAAACCUGUACAGCCGAUGUAAUUAAAGAACAAUUUCAAAUUCAAAAAGAUUUUCAGGAAAAGGUCAUCGAAAAGUUGGAUGAUCUUUCAGUACGUAUGCGACGAGUGGGCAGAGCAUUGGAAGUGCAAAAUGAUUUAAAAAAUGCGGAAGUGGAAGAAAUUAGAAGGCACAACAUAGCUAUGGAGAAUUUGAUAGCUGCUAAGAAUUCGAUUAAGCAGCGAAUGUUAGAAAUAGAAGAAAAUAAAUUGCAAGAUAUUAUACUCUGGUAA